AUGUUCCAGCCUCAACCAACGCCUUUUGCGUUUCACGCCUCCCCUCACUCGUACACCCACUCCAACACGCAGUCAUACAACCAGUCCCAUGGCCCUCGGUCUCAAGAUCAAUCCUCUCAUGACCAUGGAGGAUACGGCAUGGCUCUGGGAGGAGGCGGGCUUGGAGGGGCGAUGAUGGCAGGCGAAGACGGAGGGAUGGACGUGAGGAUGGGGAUGAUGGGCGAUGGAGGAGGAGGAGGAGGAGGAGGAGAAGGCGCAGAGCACCACGGUGUCGGCGUCGGCGCGGACAUGGGCGACUACAGCUUCUCACCGACGUCGCUGGGAGCCGGAGCAGCUGGAGCUAUGCGCGCUCAAGCUCGAUCUGGAGCUGUAGCUGGUGUGGGUUCGGCGACGAGCAUGGCAAUGGGCAUGAGACCAGCAACAGGGCAAGGCCACGGCAUGGGUGGCCCACUGUUGAUGGGCGGUGAUGGAAGUGGUGGUGGUGGUGGUGGUGGUGGAGGUGGCUUUCGACUAGGGAUGGACGUCGACAUGGACAUGGGGCUGGGUCUGGGCUCCGGCGCGCUGCAGUCGCCGUUGCAGUCGCAACCGCGGCACAGGCGCAACAGGCACGGGUACAAGUCCAGCGACAGGUCCAGCACCGGCCACAGGGACAUGCCCAACACCAACAGGCGCCUCCAACGGCAACGACAGCGGCAGCGGGAGCGGCUACAACACCAGGCCGCGGUCGCGGACCCGGGCUUGGCUCCGGUCCUCACCACCCUGGACCUGGACCUGGACAUGGACUUGUAUUUGGGCCUGGGUCUGGGUCUGGGUCUAUGUCUGGACAGGGUCCUGCACCCGCACCUCAUCCUCCUCCUCAUCCUCCCCGUCGUCUUCCUCCUCCUCUCUCGUCCUCUGGCCCCGGUUGUACCACUACUACUCCUGCAUCUCGCACAGCAGCAGCAGCGUAUUCUGCGCCGCCGCCGCCGCAGCAGCAGCAAGAAGCGGUAG